AUGGCGUCAAAUGUAAAACAAUGGAAUCUCGCUCGCAAUAAAAGAAAGUGGAGUGAGCGGUAUACUCUCAAAUUCGCAGAAUUAUAUGAGGCAGAAGUAGUUCUUUGGGACGUGAGGCUCAAAGAAUACAAGAACAAGGAUGCCAGAAACGCGGCGUUGCAGCGCAUGGUGAAAAAUCUUGAGAUAGACUGUGUUACUACUAAAAUUGAAAAAAUAAUAUUAGAUGCUCCCAUUUUAUUGCAACAAACACUAGAAGAGUGUAUACCACUGUUGCCAAAAGACGAAGCAUUAGAACUGUCGCCACCACCACCAGGAGCGACAAAUUCUAACAGUCCAUCCCAACAGGACAUCAUAAGCUAA